UGCCAUUUCGUCCUUUAGUCGUUGUUGAGAUUUUCAGGGCCGGGCGGGGUAAAGAGAAUCAAUGGCAAUGUGCUUUUCCCACAGGCCAGGCAUUCUCGUAUCCAGGACGAGCUGACUGUGCCCAACAGGACGUCAUCUGUUAGAAAAUUUGGAGGAAAGUCAUUUCCAAUUUCUUACUUGUUUCUCACUCAAUGUCAUUGGUGAGUUAUUCUUCUGACAGCAGCUCGUGCUCUGAGUCCGAAGGGGGCGAGCCAGCUCGACCUCCUGCUAAGAAAGUCUGCAGGGCAAGCACAUCUACAGGAGAAGCACCACUUCCUCUCCCAUCUGGCCUCUUGGAAUGUUUUAAUCAGACAGCUCACAGUGACAAUCCGCAGAAGCAUGGCGGUCGUCAGCGCUCUUUUCCACACACAAAAGGCAACUGGGCAACAUUUGUGUACAUUCCGUGUACAGAUGAGUUCGCGUCAUGGUUAGAACCAGUAGCCCCCAAGCUAUUCGGCUAUGUUGGCGAAAAGAGAGGCUCGAAGCCGUUCACAAGCAACAUUAACGAUGGACUUCACCUGAGUCUGUCAAGAGUCGUCCCCAUACCACAUCAUCUGAUCAAACCGCUGACAGCAGAGUUGGGGCAACGACUAAACAUAUUCCAAAGGUUUCACUGCCAAGUGGCGAAGCCACGGGUAUACUGCAAUGAUGAGAAGACACGGUCGUUCCUCAGUCUGAGUGUGGUACACGGUCAGGAAAAGCUCAAGCUGCUUCUUGGCAUCGUCGAUGAGGUGUUCGUGGAAUUUGGAUUGCCCAAGUUUUACAAGGAGGCCAGUUUCCAUGUCAGCAUAGGGUGGACACUAGGAGAGCUCUCACCUUUGACUCUCAAGGAAGAGCACGACUUGCACUCUUUGUUGCAGUCACGGACCUCAUGUGCUCCACCUCCACUUACGGUUGACGGCGUGGUUUGCAAGACGGGGAACAAGCUGCACAGAUUUCCUCUUUCUGGAUGACAAUGAUGUCUACCAUGGUCUACUUCACCAAUAUAAUAUUGUUUACUGAAUGCCAGUACUGUACACUUUCCAAUUCAGUAUUGCCGUUUCCAAUCUCUGCGCCAUCACAUGGCUACUUCUGCAAUAGGACGUGCUUCGUGCUCAUCGUUCUUCUUGCCAGUCCUAGCAGGUUCUGUUCUAGAUGUGCUGCCUGCCUGCAAAGGACUUAGGUCAGCGCUGUUCUAGAGAUCUUCAUCUAGUUUUUUAAACGAAUAAGUACUAGUUUUAAACUCGUUUUCGUCAAACACAAUUUAACCCUAUAGGCCUAGUGUAUAAAAGCCUGGAAUACACUCCUCAAGAGACCGUACCCAAUGUAGAACGUUUGCUUCUCAGUUAUGCUUACGAACAUCAUCAUUCUGUUCUGGUUUCACCUGCGCUGUGCGGAUAUUCCCAUGGAUCCGAUAUAAUGUGUUGUGCUA